GGAAGCAGGUACCGGGACAGCUGGCACGUUCAUCCUCUGACUUUCUUCCAAGCCAAUAGCUGCCCUUCUUCUCGUCUGGACCGUGCAGUGAAGUGGACACAGUGACUCUUCCACUUGUGGAUGGACAAAGGGGCCAAACUCUCCCGGGAAGGUUGUUUUCGUCCGCAGGGGCAUGCUGUAGAGAGAACUGGGCCAAAGAAGAACAGACCUGUGCGGGGGAGUUCCAGUUUGCAUCUGCCGCCAGGCGCACCUGCAAAAAAUGCUGUUGUGAACGGCAAGAAUUACAUGUGUAUCCCGACCUGAAAUAAUCCCCCGCAGGCUCUCUGUUCACGGCUCAGUGGCCUCCUCAUUCCUGUCGUCGCUGCUUCUGGUAUGCGCGCGCUUGGCUGGGCUGAAGUGCUGCCAGGAGGGAAAGAUGCUGGACCUCAAUUUUCUGACCGAGGAGGAGUAUGGGAAGCUGAUGCAGGUGCUUCAGAGAGAUGCAGAACUCAAAAGGAAGGAUGGGGAUCGCAUAAGACGGAUGCAAAGGUCGCUGAAGGAUGAAAAGAAAAAGAAAUGUCUGACCGGCCAAUGGUUCCAUGAGGUGAAGGCUCAGCGGUUCCAGGAGGAAUUGGAAGGAACAGAGCUACUCCGAGCUUCCAUUAAAAAGAAAAGGAGUGACUCUGGAUAUGAGAAUAACGAGCAUGCCCGAGAGAGUCCGGAAUCCGGGGAGGCAUCACUGCCGUCGGAAGCCACCGUUUUGCCCUCCCCUAGUUCAGAAGAAGAAAGAUCGUGUGAGCCUUUUUUGGAUUCGGCACAAGAACACAGAGCCAAGCCUAAGCCAAGACUGAGGCUGUCUACCCUGCCCUCCACUACAGAAAAGAGAUCCAGCCUGGAUGAUACCUCGCCAGUGGACAGUGGCGUUGGAGUAAGUCCAUUCCUGGCUACAAGAAGCGACUCACCAGAGUAUGGGAAAGGAUGCGAGAACUUGCAGGAUGCGAGAAUGUCUGCGAAACUUGCUGAAGGGGAGCUUGAUGGUUUCCUUUGCUCAGCUGGAGGGGAGGUUGUGGAUCCUGCUGCAGAACAUCAAGCAGUUCGACCAGUUCAGAGUGAAGAAGAUCUCACUCCUAGCAGGAUACCUGUGAAGAGAAAGUCCAGCAGGGGAUUGUCCUCUCCCAUCACAGACACAGACAAUGGAGCUGAGACACAUGAGUUGGGUCUCUCCAGAAAAGAAUCACUGAAAGGCUCAAGGCUGCCCACCCUAAGAAAGGAAAACAGCCAUCCAGUGAAACACGGAGCUAACUACACUGUUUCCUCGAUGAGUAACAAAGAUGAGGAAAUUGGGCUUGAUCGGGAACAUUUCAAGAACCUGAAGAACUUUUGGGAGAAGGGAAGUGAGUCUGCCUUGGCCAACGAUAUGUCCGAAAAACCCAUAGAGAGGGCCAACAACAUGGAAGGGAAUGGGAGGCCAUCCAGACUGAACUGGUCACUCUCCGCCCCUUGCACCCAAAGUGGUGACGACAGACCCAGUGGUACUGUGCACCCCAAAACCAGAGUCCCCUACAGAACACCAGCCUCCAUAUCUUCCAGUGAGGAUGAGCCCACCUACAUAUCGCCCCCAAGAAAGGGAUCUGGAUCAGCCAUCCCCAGGUCCACCUACGGCAGAAGCAAAGGGGCAAUGAUCAACAGAAGCAACCUCAGUGAUGGGGAUGGGAAGUCGUCCCAAGCAGAGGAGGAGAAGAAAGUGCCGCGCUGCCCGAGGAGGUCCAAGCUGCCGAUCCGCGUGCCGUCCAUCAAGCUCGAGACGCCAGCCCCACAGCAAGCGGGGAUUAUUUUCGAGCCAGAGACACCCGCCGAUGAGUUUGUCAUGGCAGAAGAAAGCAAGCACAGGCAUGAUUCGUUGUCUGGUAGGGUUCAGAUACUGAUCGAAUCUGUCCCUUCGGAGGACGCUGAUCAGGCUGCCAGUGCUGCGGAAGAGAACUCUGAUGUGGGCACUGCGGGCGAGCUGGAAGGGAAGGAGACGGUCUCUGUGGAGGAGCAACAGAUGUGCAGCUCAGAAGGGAACCUGCUGCAGAACGAAGCUGCUGCUGAAAGAGGGAAGGCUCAAGAAAUGGCGUCCUCUUUGCUUUCAGAGGCUGACAGAUAUCGAGUCCCCAUUGCCAAGAAAAUAACCCGCCCCAAUGGCUACCAUCUUGCAAAGAGCAUGGUGAACCUCUAUACAACCACCGAAACCUAUACGAAGCCUCAGAUGCUAACCCACCAGUAUCUUGAGCCCGAGAGAGCCAAGGAUCUGACGAAAUCCACCCCCCUCCUGCUCUCCGAAACGGAAUCAGACACGGCUUCCGAACUCAGCUUCCAAUUCAGCAGGCACAAGAAAUGUCCGAGUGUGGGGAGCCAUUCCUCUGAUAUGGCCUCGGUUUCUUCGGUGAGCGGCAGCGUCCUGAGCGUGUACAGCGGAGACUUUGGGAGCGUCAGUGCCCAGGGGCUGGUCCAGUUCGCCUUGGAUUAUGACGAGAAAAACCGGGAGUUCCAAAUUUUUGUUUCUCAGUGCCAGGACCUGGCUAUCGUGGAUGAAAAGAAGGGGAGAACAGACCCGUAUGUCAAAACAUACCUGCUUCCAGACAAAGCACGGAUGGGGAAGAGGAAAACCUCAGUGAAGAAAAGAACUCUGAGCCCCAUUUAUAAUGAGGUGCUGCGGUACAAAAUAGAAAAAAUGGUUUUGCUGAUUCAGAAACUGAACCUCUCUGUGUGGCACAAUGACCCGUUAGGGCGGAACAGUUUCCUGGGUGAGAUGGAAAUAGACCUGGCUGGCUGGGAUUGGCAGAAUAAUAAACUGAACUGGUACAUGCUGAAACCACGGAGUCUCUCGGCCAUCAAUUCUGUGGAUCACCGUGGGGUGAUGAAUCUGUCCAUCAAGUAUAUUCCACCAGGAAGUCUCGGUCGGAAGACUCCUCCAUCAGGUGAGGUACACAUCUGGGUGAAAGACACGAAGGACCUCCCUCAGUUACGGCCCUCUGGAGUGGACUCCUUUGUGAAAUGCUACGUUCUUCCAGACACCAGCAAGAAGAGCUACCAGAAAACCCGAAUUGUCAAGAGAGACUCCAACCCUGUCUUUAACCAUACGAUUGUGUACGAUGGAUUCCACACGGAAGACCUGAAGGACGCGUGCGUAGAGCUGACCGUCUGGGAUCACGAGAAGCUCACCAACCACUUCCUCGGGGGGAUCCGGCUGGGGCUCGGGACAGGCUACAGCUAUGGGAUUCCUGUGGACUGGAUGGACUCCACGCAGGAGGAGGUGGCUUUCUGGCAGGAGAUGAUGACAACAGCCAAUGAGUGGAUUGAGGGAUCCCUACCUUUGCGAUCCUUGGCUGGAAGGAGAAAGCUGAAAUGAAUUUUUGGCUAAGGAUACAAGAGCGGGCACCGGCCUGUUCAGAUUAUGCUUGCAACAUCCUUCGAAGCAGCAAAGCACCUUUUUGUUUCCCAGAAAGAGCUGGAAAGAUGCAAUACGGAAAUCCUUCCUCAGCUGAUCCCAACCUCAUGGAAGAGCGGCAGUUUACCUUUGCCGCCCGUAUGCACUGCAUCUCAGUAUUUUUAACGAGAUGGUGGCUCUGUGCCCAGAAGACAGAGAGGGAGAGAUGUAAAUAUUUUCUAGGGGAGGUGGUAAAUUUUAUUUUAUUACUGUUUCCACAGUGGUUAUAGUCUUCCUUUUCUGGAGCAAAGGAUGCAGUGGAUCUCACACGGACAUGCAUGGAGAGAUGCACGCACACACCAAGAAAGUGUGCAUGCUAAUGUAAAUGCCAUGCAAAAAGGAUCUACUAGGAUAGAUACACAGAUGUUGCUUUACGCUGACCCAAACCAGCAAUCUACCUCGCCAGGAUACGUCUCUUCCAGGAAUGGGCCAAAGAUUGCAGUCUAAUCAAUUCAUAAUUUUUAGUGCAGGGGUAUAGGACCUCCAAAUCCGGACUUCUGGGUUUCCCCGGAGGUCCCAUCUGCUUUUCUCGAACCAGCAAUCAUUUAAUGUUUCUGGGGGAGGCUUUUCUGCAGCAUUUUCCCCACUCAAGAACGCUUGUGCUCCUGAGCUCUUGCCAGCAAGAGCUUUAAGCUGCCAUUCACUGGCAGUUUUGGUUGCGCCCUUUUGCCUUCGGCUUCGUCCGUUCCUGGAAUGCAGCCCCAGGGAGCUUCUUGGAAACCAGGCUUAGGACACGGGCCAAAAGAGGUGCUGGAUCUGGUACUUGCUGGUCGUCGAGACUCUUGCUAAGAGCAACCGCUGCUCCAAUCUGGCCAGUGAUGGGAUGAAUGCAGAGUGGGUUCCUUUUUCAGAGUGGGAAAGAGAAUACUGCCUGCUCUUUGACAGACUCUCCUUGCCCUGGCAGGAGAAUAGGAUGAAGUCACAAAUGGUAAAGGCAAGAAGGAUGAAGACAACCAAGAGAAGGCUAGACUCUGCUUUCCUCAUCCUGGAUACAGUUGCCGCGUCCCAGUGACAGUUUCAAUGGUAACAUUUCUUUGCCAGAUUGUUUGCUUUUUAAUUAAAAGUCAAACAGUUGCA